UUAAUAAACAAUACUUCAUUACUAUAAUUUCAGACACAUCUUGGAAAAAAACAGAUUUCAACUGUAACUAAAACACUUAUUAAAUUAUGGGACGCUUCGCGCCUUUACUGAUUCCCAUAAGCGAAUGGGAGAGAAUUAAAAGUCAAGCAAAUCCAGAAACGGAACAUAAAACGCCUUGCCAUGUAGACAUCGAAUCUAUGAACGCACAGUCCCGAAAAUGGACCAGCACCUGGCCAGAUUCCUCACAGGGGAAAGUCAAUAAGAUGACCAAGAAGAACAAGAAGGCUCGGUUGGAAGAAAUGGUGGAACUCGAAGCUUUUUAUAAGAAGGAGAAACGCGAUAAUGUGGCUGAAAACUUAAGACGGGCUAGGAAUACGAUUUUUGAAAGAACUGGUUACGGCAGGGAGUUGUUAAGUGCUCUUGUAGAAUCAAAAACGUUGGAGGAACGAGACAUACAAAUUAAAUUUGUUAAAGACAUACAAGAAAAGGAAAAGAAAAUAGAAGAUGCUAAAUUAAAAGUAGACAAUAUUAUGUACGCUGAAUUUGAAAAACGAGAGAGCGAUAGAGUUCUUAAGAAAAGGAAAGAAAGAGAAGAUGCAGAAUGCAAUAAAAUGAUAGCAGAAAUGAAAAGGGAAGACACUUUGAAAGCUGCUGAAAUGGAGAAAAAGAAUCGCCAAGAAGAUGAAGCAUUGAUAGAAAAGUUUCGUCAGUUACAAAUUGCAGAGGAGAAACACGAUCAUUGCCUUGACAAGGAAGCCGAUAAAAUAUAUGAAGAACAAAACAAAGCCAUCAAAGAGUGGAGAGAGAAAAGAGAGGCUCUGGAUCAAAAGCUAGCCGACUCGUGGUGCAAGCACCAGGACAGGAUCCGACGGAAGGAGAAACAAGUCUUCGACCAAAUGCAUAAAGAAAAACACAACUCCGGACACUUCAAAGAAAAUUAUGAAUUGGUGCAACGCCUCCAAGAAGAAGAAGAGAAAAAAUACAAAGAUUUUGUGGAUAAAGGAGUAAAGAAGUUAGAAAAACGAUUGCAAAAGAGGGAAAAGGUAGAACAACUGAAAAGAGACCAACAACGAAGUAUGUUAACUUCUCAAGCUCAAUCUUCGGAGCUGCCUCAUCAGCAGAGGUGUGAAGAGUAUCAGCGGAAAAUCUGCGUCGACAAACUGAGCUUCCUACCCACGAGACGUGGGAAACAUGACUCUAAACCAGGUUCACGCAAAGGUACUAAGAUGGAUCUAUACCAUGAUGGUAAGACCAAUCAUCUUGUACGGAUGCCUGGCAUGGUGGCCAAGGACACUAAAGAGAACAUGCAGGGAUGCCCUUAUGAAAAUACAAAGAACGGCAUGCAUGGCUAUUACUGGUGCGUUUAG